AUAUCUGGUCAUAAAAAAAACAAGCAUAACUUUCCCUCUCAGAGGAGACAUUAUUUGUACAGCAAGCUGAUUUAGCUAAAUUUAUGUAUGGCUCGUUUCAUGAUGACCAAUCUAAAAAGGAGAUGUGCUGCAUAAAUUUGACCCGUGAUGAUCUAUCUUUGUUGUAUAAAAAAAAUAGCCAAGCCUACAGUGUCUGUUUACUUCUCGGUGUUUUAUUAUCAUUUUUAUUUUGUUGUCCGUUAGUUACUAGACUGCACCGUCACGAUUCAUAUAUAGGAAAACAACAGAUGUAUCAAAUCAUUUAUUGGAUUGAAUGAUUUUAAAACAACCUUAACAUUUCAGAAGGAACUGUAACAAUUUCGUGAAUCUUUCAAUUUUAACUUACGUUGAUUGUAAAAAAUAAAGCACAGAAAAUUCCGCAAAAGUGUGUCUCUUCUUCAGAUACGAUGAAUUAAAGCUGGUCUUACGCGUGCCCCCUCUGCCCCUCUCCUCCUCCAGCUUCUGAGUCCUACCUUGUGCGUCACGUGGUCUAGCCCGUACAAAUAACUCCCAUCAAAGUUUUCCAGCGGAGAACUAAUCGGAGCUCUAUUAUAUCAGCAAUUAUCAGCGACGUUAACUAUCUUCAGCUACAAAGAAGUGAACGAGAGAGAGGCUUUAGACCAUCCGGGAAGUAAGAUUUUUUCUUUUUCCCUCGUAAACUUUUCCUCACAAAGGAUAUUUUGGACAUCUUUGUGGGAGCUUCAGUCACUUUCGUUGAGUCUAUCUGAGUGAACAAGUUUGCACAAAGCGCUGCUGAACCUGCUCCUCUGGAAAACAGACUUUAUCACCCAACCGUUCUUAUCUGGAUCGGAUAUAUUUGCUUAUUAUCCCGCGAACUGGAUAACGAAAAAUCGCCGACGACUCAAGGUGUCCUAGGAGCUGCGUGAAAGUGUCUUCACGUGACCCACUUUGUCCCAGGAGUCAAAACCCAUAUUCUUCCAAAUAGGACGAGUAUACGGUGUAAAAAUGUACCAAAGCCUUGCUAUGUCAUCCAACCAGUCCCCAUACGCACACGAUGCAGGGAACUAUAUGCACCCUUCGGCGAGUUCCCCAGUCUACGUGCCCACUACGAGGGUGCCUGCUAUGUUGCAAUCCAUGCCGUACUUGCAGACAUGCGAGUCCGCCCAUCAGUCUCACGGCCUCGGCGGGCAUCACGGCUGGUCUCAGUCUGGCACAGACAGUUCGUCUUUCAUUCCGGGCAGCCCCCAUCAUCCUCCCGGGUUCUCCUACUCUCACAGCUCGCCAGUAAGCAGCAAUAACGGCAGGGACACAGCUUACCAGAACCAGCUAGUGCUUAGUAACGGUGGUCGGGUUGACCAUUAUGGCAGCACUUUAGUGCGGUCAGUUGGAGGAUCAUACUCAAGUCCCUACGCGUAUAUGAGCCCGGAGAUGGCGACCUCUUGGACACCUGGGCACUUUGAGAGCGGCAUGAUCAGUCUUCAGGGACGGCAAGGUUGCCUGUCUGGGAGAAGGUCCAGUUUAGACGUGUCAGAGGAGUUCCCAGGAGAGGGGCGCGAGUGCGUAAACUGCGGCUCCAUCUCCACUCCUCUGUGGCGCCGGGAUGGUACCGGGCACUACCUCUGCAAUGCCUGCGGACUGUACCACAAGAUGAACGGAAUCAACAGACCGCUGAUCAAACCCCAGAAACGCCUGACCACAUCUCGCCGGGUCGGCCUGUGCUGCACUAACUGCCAAACCAGCACCACCACGCUGUGGCGUCGCAGUGCGGAGGGAGAGCCUGUCUGCAACGCCUGUGGCCUUUAUAUGAAACUACAUGGGAUACCCAGACCAAUGGCCAUGAAGAAGGAAAGCAUUCAGACAAGGAAACGGAAACCUAAGAUGCCGAAGUCCAAAACCUCAACAGGAGGGUCGUCAGCAUCGGGCACCAACUCCCCGUUCUCCCUGUCUGUCUCAGAACAUGCCUCUACUAUAAAGAGUGAACCCAACAUGGUCCCCUCCCCCCACCCCAGACAGGCCGUAGCCUCUAUGUCCCAGGCUUCGUCACAUCUGAACAGUGCAGGAUCAGGACAUGUGGACAUCAAGUAUGAGGACUGCCCCUUCACUCCUGCGUCCAUCUCCACACAGAACUCCUGGUGUACUGCUCUGUCUCAGGCGUGAGCUGACUCGACCACAGUUCACUUGGACCAGGUCCUGGGCCUGGACUCAGCUCACUGUGGAUGAUAUAGACUUGUGAAGAGAACUACCUGUUAUUGACUAACUCUUUUUUUUCCGUGGUUGGAGGAACGGAAAAACAGAAGGAAGCGACGGCAAUCAAGUGGAAUGUAUUUGUGGCUACUUUCAAUGCUAUUUCUAGUUUUUGUUGUUGUUGUUGUCUUUAUUGUUGUUGUCUUUAUUGUUGUUGUCUUUAUUGAUGUUGUCAUUAUUGAUGUUGUCAUUAUCGAUAUCGUGCUGAGUUCACCAUUGCAGUUUUACAUGGUGUUUAAAGAAAUAACCAGAAAGAGUUCAAUAAGUUAUUACAUAGUGUUAAAGGGAUACUUCUGGAUUUUUCAAUUAAGCACUUUUUCUACUGACCCAGAGUCAGAUGAACCCAUGAAUACUAUUUUUUAUGGCUCUCUGUCCAUUAUGAAGAAAGUUAGAGGUAGUUUCACGAGCCAAUGCAAAUUAGCGUUAGCGCAAUGACUGGAAGUCUAUGGUAUCUGCUAGCAUGUAGAGACAUACAACUUGUAUCCACGAGUUAAUCUGACUCUGUGGAAAUAGAUAAAGAGCUUCAUUGCCAAAAUCCAGAAGUAUCCCUUUAAACACAAAACCAGAUGGACAAAAAAAGUGUUUUAUUACCUCUGAACGUGUUUCAUUACUGCCGUGUAGAUGGUUAACUUUCAUAAAAACAUUAUUUAUGUUGAGAAAAGAACCAGCAUGAAACACCAAAGACAACAUGUCAAAUCCCAGAAGUCCCUUCUCAGAAUGUUUUGUAUGUUCAAGGUAUGACCUCAACACUAGGAAGUAUACAUUUACAUGUGUUUUGUAUGUAAUGAAAUACAUAUGUUGUUCAUUGAACAAACGAUGCAAAUAUAUUCAUUUCUAUUUUAUCAGAUAGGUUAAAAAGGGCUAAAUACUUGUUUUUAUUUUUCAUUUUAGACAUCGCAACUGCGUACUGAAUCAGUUUUCUAUAUUUCCAAAACCACUGUUCUACUAGCUCAAAUGUUUUUACAAUGUAUCGUCUGAUCAUGUAACGUGCAAUUACUUCUUUUUACAAAAAUGUAAGACAAAGAAAAAUAUACGUUUAUGUUAAUUAUUCGGAAUAUGUUAAUUAUUCGGAAUAUGUUAAUUAUUCUGACUAUGUUAAUUAUUCGGAAUAUGUUAAUUAUUCUGAAUAUGUUAUUCAAAUUUUAUUUGCUGUAUUUUUGUGUUUUGUUGUUUAACUAUAAGGGAGUUUUUUUUUGUUGUAUUUCAUAACGUACAGUUGUAAUGUUCAGGGACUUGAGUCUAAUUAUAUCUUUUAGCUGUUUCAACCAGGUCUGAUAGUCUCUCUGGUUUCACAAUGCUCUUUGAAAUCUGUUUAGUUUAAUAAACCGAUCAAAUGA